UUCGCUAGGCAGGAAAAGCCGAGGUAAAAGUCCAACCAAAGAGUAAUUACAAAACAAAAUGCAAUUUCCCCCCUCCCAAUUGCCUUCCUGUUAAUAGUAUAACAGUAGUAUAACAUUAUUUUCUGAUUUUUGUGUUAGUAAAUUCUAUUCUAACUUAUAAAGUUAGACUUUGGUUGCUCUAUACAUUUUUACACAAUUUAGGUUUGAGAUAAGUUUCUACGAGAUCAGUGGAAUAAAUAUUUAAAUUGAUUCCCCCUGAGUGUACAUAUUUUGGACUAUGCACAAUAGAGUUGUGAAAAAGUCAUUCAGGCUUAUUAUUAUUUUUUUACAACAUAUUUUGGGGAAAAUGUAACCUUUUGAUAUGUUUUUAUUUUAUUUCCGGUAAAACCGGAAGUGAAUACGGGUUGUUCGCUCACAUUCUCCCCAUUCUUUGGUAUUUUGUCACAUGACCCAUUUUCUUAACGGUCAUUGGUCGACGAACAGGAACAGUCAGGAUUCGAUAAGUAAACACUUCCUGGUUGAUGGGUCGCAUGUGCAUUCUCUUUUUUAUAUUACUAUAAAUAAAUUUAUAUUUAGUUACGCUUUUAUAUAUGAACUUUUUAAGUAAUAUUGUUCAUUUUUCCCCCCUGUUACUCACCGUAAGCGCCAAUUGUAGCUAAUACUAUGUCACAAGCAGGUAACGGUUUAACGCAAAGCGAAUCAGAUGUUCUCGCUGGUGUUAUUUCUGGACAAUCCUGCCAUGUGGUGUUCGUCGAAUCUCCUCCGGAUUAUGUCAGAAAAAUCUCCAAAUAUCUGGAGUCUUCAGGGAAACGGGAAGGACGAUGUGAAGCGCCAAACGAAGCAAGCAGUGAUUCAGGAGACAGCCUGUUCAUCACUCAGAAACCUGUACCUGAGGCUGUGCGACCAAAGAGGCGGAGGUCCACACAUCCCACACACUUCAUUCACAGAGGAGAUCUGACAGAUCAAGAUGACGCCUCAUCCUCUUCCUCUGAUUGGGAAUCCAGAACAGGCAAAAAGAAGAAAGUUGUUUACAGACUGCCAAAGUUUAUCUUCCCUUUCCUCCAGGAGGGGAAAAGCUCGCAGAAAAAACACGUGUCUACUCAUCGGAACAAAAAGCUCCAUACUUUUGCAAUAGGAGGAUUCUUUAAAUGUGUUCAAGAGGAGGAGGAGUGUGGUCGCAACAGAAAUCUGACGGCAUCUUUACCAACCAUUGACAGAGAAGGAGAAUGCAUUGCUGCAAUAUCAGAACCAGAAGAAGAAGAAAGGACAGAAGCUGAGGACAUCCAAGUGGUGGAAAGGAAACGUUUUGUGGUGUCAUUGAAAGCAAAAAGCAUCCAACCUUGGUACGAACCGAGGGAGACGUGCAGUGAGGACAAACGACAAACAGAGGGAGCCCAAAACUCUGGUUCUGAGUCUCAAAGUCAAAGACAGAGGAUGGGAGAAGCAGCAGCAGUAGGAAGGAGGCUGUUCUCACGUGCAAAGAGCUGUGAUGAAGGAGAUUCUUCUCACGGAGGCAUGAAAGACAGACUGGCAGGAGAUACAUCCAGGAUCCAGACUGAAAGAGCAGACAAAUCUCCUAAGAGAAAACAGAAAAAACUCAAAUUGCUUCCAAAUGUAAAUGCAAAUCAGCUUUGUGAUGACAGCGAUGCUACGGUUUGUGACACAGAUGCUGACAAACGCUUUGGAACAAAUACAGAAGCAUUCACAAAAGCUGCAGAUUGUGAACAUGAAGGUCCUGAUCUCCAGAACAACACCGCCGAUGAUUCGGUGUGCGAGAGCACCAAGAAGAAAAAGAGGAAAAAGAGAAAAAAAUAUAAAGGAGACCUAAGUUUAGAAGAAGCAGAAGGUCAGACAGCUGAAGAGUUUGUGAAAAUCACAGAGGAGGAAAACAGUUGUUUACCUCAGGACACGUCAGAAUCUGCAGAUUUAAACCAGAACACACUGAAUAUAGCAUAUGCAGACCAUCAAAUUGGACCUGAGGUGAAUGUAGAGAAAAGAAAAAAGAAGAAAAGGAAACAAGUGGAGCAGCUCCAAACUGCUGCAGAACCUCAAACGGAGAACGAGGAACCAGAGAAAUGUCUGGAGGGGGUUUCAGAUCAAACAGCAGCAGGCCCCUCGGAUGAUCUGCUGGGGAGUUUGGAAAAUAUCGAAGCUCCUCUGGAAACCAGCGUAAAAAAGAAAAAGCACAAAAAGAAAAAGAGACUAUCUGUUUUUAAUGAUACUCAGGUGGACGAUUCCUGCAUAGAUGUGGACGUUUCUAAUGAUUUAUCCUUGGCAAAAAGCAUGGGAACGUCAGUUCAAAAGAACAUAAAUGACUCAUGUAGUCCUGAGACACAGACGAUGACAGAACAAGUGGUGACAAAGAAGAAGAAGAAAAGGAGAGAAAAACUGAGCGAUGACACCAAUGCACAAUGUGAGUCUGCACGGAAAAAGGAUGAGAAGAGGGCCUCAUCCUUCCAUCAGCAAGAACAAGCCGGUCCAGACUGUGAGGAAGAGCCUGCAGGCAGAACAAGUGAUGCAACGGCCCAGUCAGCAGGAAUCACAGCUAGUUCAGAAGAACGUGACACUGGAAGGAAGAAAAAGAAACAGUCAGCCGCUCAGCUGAGCGAGGACAGAGAUUCUGAGGAACUGCGAGAAACGUGUCAAAGUUCACCAUCUGUAGUUAUAAAAAAGAAGAGGAAGUUAACGGAGAGCUCAGAAAGUGCAGAACCCGCUCAGACUCCACAGUCUGAGGUGCCUUGGAAGAAGAAGAAGAAGAAAAAAAACAAAGAGGUUCCAGGAUUCCAACAUUUAAAAACACAUCAAUAAAUAAAAAUAUUUUUUAGGGAUUUAAAUGUUAGUUAUGGAGCGUUAAAAUAAUUAAAAUUGAAGCCAAUUUAUUUUUAUUAGAAAAAGAUUUGUGGACACUUUUACAUGGUACCUUUUGGUGAACUGAGCUCCCUCUAGUGGACUUGUGUGGUAUUUUUGGUCAAUCUGUAUGGAAAAUCACCUGCCCUUUUAGUUUGUUUUACUUUAAAUCCUCUAUCAAUGUUUGGAAGCAGAUUGCAUUCAAUUACAAAAAAACACAAGGGUUCUUUGUUACAUUUUUUGUGUCCAUUAUCAAAAUUGUUCUUUGUUCUUAACUUUUGUGGUUCUUUAAACAUUUAGCAUGAAAAAAAUUGUAAAACUUGAAAGAAAACCCCCCAAAAAAUAGAACAAAGAACAUUUUUUUACUGCAAUCUGCUUCCAUAAUAAAUGUCAAAUCUGAUUCUUUAUUUUUAAAAAAACUUAUAACUUCUCUCUGCAGUAUGUUAGGGUCCUUAAAAUGUGUAAAUUUAAUCUUAGAUUUCUGUCUGAGCAGUGUAACAUUUUUAUUUAUAUUUUUUUACAAACUAAAUGUCAUUAUCCUUUUUGAGCCAUAAAAUAAAACAUUUUGUAUUGUAGCUAUUUGUUUUUUUCCCUUUUUGUGUCUUAUAGUGAGUUUUUUUACACAAUCACAUUUCUGUGAAAGUUAAGUUUAAUUGUUUUUUGCUGAACAUUACAGUCCUUUCUCUGAAAAAUGUAUUUAAUUCUACUUUACUGUUGCCCUUUUUCUUAUUUUUGUUCUUGAAUUUGAAUGUAUUUAUUUAGUAGGGACGGAUAUAAAAACAUAGACAUACAGCAGAGCAGCAGUCCCAUGCCCAUAUCAUCAUGCUUGUAGCAAGAGCUAAUUUGCAGCGUUUGUCCCCAGAUGGAUUAUAAAUUGAUAAAAAAGUUGUUUAAAAACAGAGACUUAUUAAAAAUAUAAGAAAUACA